CCUAAAGGUCUUAACUCCUUUUCCCUGAUUCAAGUCAGACCGAAGGAGAAAACGUAACGGAUUUAAAUAUAAUUUUCAGGUGUUACCAUCUGACGGACGGAAUUAAAAUCAUCCAGGUCUAAAAAAGCUAUGCUGUGGCAGUUCCUUAAACAACUAGUGUGGAGAUGUCUGUAGAUGCCUUGUACUGGAAAUUAGGCCAUCCUGGCGGCAAGGAGAUGCAAAAGGAAGAACUGGACACAGUCCCACAGAAAGACAGUACAUCUGCCAGAAUCCUCAAAGUCUGCUUAGUCAGUAGCAACUCCAACCUGGGCAAGAACUUCAAACUGGUCAAAUGCGACAGCACAUGGGAGAUCAGGGCUAUCAUCCAGUCUAUCCUGGCCAGUGGGCGGCUGGGCCCCGGCAUCCUCUUCCCGAACUGCUACGGGCUGCUGCUGAGGCACCUGAAGUCCGACACGGUGCACUGGCUGCACCCCGACAUGACCGUGGCCAACGUGGAGCAGAUGCAUGAGGAGCAAAACCUGGAGUCGGAGUGGAGAUUUGAUUUGAGGAUCCGUUACAUUCCAAGUAAUUUCGCAGCAAAAUUUCGAGAAGACAGAACAACGCUGCUGUACUUCUAUCACCAGGUUCGUGGUGACUACAUGCACAGCUGCACCGGUAAAGUCAGCGAGAACUUGCCUUUUCAAUUAGGUUGUCUGGAAAUCAGGAGGUUUUAUAAAGAUAUGAAUGCCAGUGGCCUGGAGAAAAAGUCAAAUUUUGAUUUUUUUGAAAAAGAGGUUGGCCUUGACCUGUUUUUUCCUCGAGAACUUAUUAACUCUAUGAAGCCGAAGCAACUCCGGAAGUCGAUUCAGCAAACGUUCCAGAAGUACGCCACGCUGAAGGAGGAGGAUUGCAUCCUGAAAUUUUUCGAGAUCUUGAGCAGCUUCUCUAAUUUUGAUGAGGAGGUGUAUCCCUGUGAGCUUGUGCAAGGUUGGAGUCUUGCAGUGGAGUUGGUCAUUAGUGCUAAAGGAAUCCGCCAGCGUACCCAGAAAAACUUAUUGCCGGUUUGCUUGGCUGAAUUCCAUCAGAUCACUAGUAUUAAAUGUUCCCCACAAGCUGAUGGAAAGGCACACUUACACGUCGAGAUCAGCGGAGCCAAGCAGCCGCUGUCGAUCAACAUAGUGACGAUGGCGAUGGCUGAGAGCAUGGCCGACUUAAUCGACGGAUACUGUCGAAUCGAGUGCGGUCGGAAAAGCACCGUCAUCGUAAGACAGAAUAAGGAUAAGGACAUAAGAAACAUGUUACCAGAGAUUCCAACAGAUUCCAGCAGUGACAUCAAAGGUGGAUCUAAAGGGCAUCAUUUGGAAGACAGCAUAGAGUCUGACAUAUAUGAUGAAAUACCAGAUGAGAAACCAGCAGUGAUCAAGUAUAAUAUCUCCAGAGAUGAUAUCAUCAUAGGCCGAAUUCUCGGUGAGGGAUUCUUCGGAGAGGUUCAUGAAGGAGUUUAUAAAAAGCGGACUGGAGGAGAGAAGAUUAGCGUAGCGGUGAAGACCUGCAAGGACUGUUCCAUGGACGUCAAGGAGAAAUUCAUGAGCGAAGCCGUGACAAUGAAGAACCUGGAUCAUCCCCACAUUGUGAAACUAAUUGGGAUUAUUGAGGAGGACCCCGUGUGGAUUGUUAUGGAAAUAUGCCGGCAUGGAGAGCUUGGAAAAUACCUGGUGCAAAACCAGCCCAAUCUUCCCAAUGUUACACUGGUGCUGUACGCCAUGCAGAUCUGCAAAGCUCUGGCCUAUUUAGAGGGUCUACACAUGGUACACAGAGACAUUGCUGUGAGGAACGUGCUGGUUGCUUCACCAGAGUGUGUAAAGCUUGGGGAUUUUGGGCUGUCCCGGUACAUUGAGGAAGAAUAUUACAAAGCCUCUUUGUCACGAUUGCCUAUUAAAUGGAUGGCCCCGGAAUCCAUAAACUUCAGACGGUUUAGCUCAGCAAGUGAUGUCUGGAUGUUUGCGGUGUGCAUGUGGGAGAUCAUGAGCCGUGGCCAGCAGCCCUUCUUCUGGCUGGAAAACAAGGCGGUGAUCAACCAUCUGGAGCAGGGUGUCCGGCUGCCCAAGCCAGAGGAGUGUCCGCCUACCCUGUACACGCUGAUGUGCCGCUGCUGGGCGUACGACCCUCAGGAGAGGCCGAAGUUCACCGAGCUGGUGUGCAUCCUCAGUGAUGCCCAGAAGAUGGAGAAGGAGCAGGAGGCAGAGAGGCAGAGGGAUCGCAAUCGCAUCACAAAGAUUUUAGACACCAAGAUAAACAUCUGCGAACCUCCGCCCAAGCCUUCAAGGACGAAACUUGAAAACCUUGGAAAUAAAAGUCUCCUUUCUCAGGUCCCAGAGUCGCUGUGCGUCAGCUCCCCUACCCUCAGCAGCCCCGACGGUAACCAGUCAGCCUUCGACUCCGGCUUCUUAACUGUGCCUCCAACCUCUCCUCGCCGCCACAGUGUAGGGGAGAGGGACAUCAGCUUGGAGCAGCCCAGCAAAGAGAGACUGUGGGAGAUGGAGAAGCAGCGCAUGCAGGAGACGCUGAAGAAGCAGAAGCAGCAGAUGGUGGAGGACAACAAGUGGCUGGAGGAGGAGAAGAAGCUUCUGGAUCCCAUAGCUCAAGGGGAUGUGAAAAUCCCUGUGACACAAGAACAAGAGUCAGGUGAAACUGAAUCUAAAGAGCUUCCAGAGAAGCCAGCAGAGGUUCCAGUACAGCAACCCCCCACCGCAGAACUGGAUCGCUCUGAUGAUCAGGUGUACCACUUCGUCACCGAGUUGGUGAAGGCCGUGGUGCAGCUGAAAAAUGAGGUCAACACUCUACCGCCAUCGCAGUAUGUGGAUGUGGUCAAGUCGGUAGGACUGACGUUACGUAGUCUGAGUCACAGCAUCGAAGACAUUCUGCCCACGCUCCACGACUCCAUCAGGACAGAGAUCGAAGGCACGCAGAAGCUGCUGAACAAAGACAUGGCUGAACUCAUCACCAAGAUGCGUCUGGCGCAGCAGAACGCCGUCACCUCGCUGAAGGAGGAGUGUAAGAGGCAGAUGUUGGCCGCUGCCCACACGCUAGCUGUGGACUCCAAGAACCUUCUGGAUGCUGUGGACCAGUCUCGAGUGCGGGCCAACCUAGCCAAGCCUGCCACCUCCUAGCACCCAUCAAAGCCUGCAAGCUUCCUCAGAUGGACACGAACUGCCUCGAUGGUUCCCUUAGCUGGGGAUUGGUGGCCUGAGCUCAAUGAGCUAGUCGAAAUUUUCCUUUUUACUUUACACAUUUUACUUCUGACAUAUUAUUGCAUAUUAUUAGAUGAGUUGUGAAAGUCUCACUGAACAGUUGCCUGUCUGUGGAUUCGCACUUCGCCGACAUUUUGCCCGUAUGACUUUGUCGUCUUAUAAAUGUGAAAAAAACUGACGCAAGCUAAGUCCACACUUCAUCGUAAGGAACUUUCGUUUUCCAAAUAGCUACAAUAAAAACACCUCAGCCUUUUUUGGAAUUUAGGAAACCAAAAGCAACAAUAUUUAUGCAAAACCAAAUUGUUACCUUAUAUUAACUUAGUUAUUACUGCUUCUAUGAAAAAAAAUGCAUGAACAGGAUAAUUCAUUUGGCUGUUUCAUUACUACUGAACAGCUGAAUUUUUUUAAAUUCAUAUUUUUAAAUUGCCUGUGACCUGUAUCUGUAGUAACAUACAAUUGUUUCCUUGCAUUGUUUCUCAAGUGAAGAAUCAUUCUCAUAGUUACUACAGCAAUAGCCUAGUGGCACUUGAACUGACAGUCUUCAGGUUAUAAGCUCAUAGCCUUAGCCGCAAUGCUACUGUAACUGCGAGCUGAAUGAUAAAUAAACCAGGAUUAAAGUGC